UAAUAAUUGAAGAAUCCUAUCACAGCAAUCACAGAAAGCUAGGAAUAAACUGUUCUGGAUGUCACUGACUGGCUGCAUUAGGUCAUUUGGAAUAACAUGCUUGAAAGUACUUGGUAGUGUUGAUUACCUGUACUGCAGCACAAGAGCUCCAGCCCAAUCCUUUUCAAACACUUUUCUCCGAACAUGGGGGAAAACGAUGAUGAAAAAUACAGUCAAGCUGGCCAGAUAUUUGAAAACUUUGUACAAGCAUCAACAUGCAAAGGCACCAUUCAGGCCUUUAAUAUUCUCACUCGCCAACUUGAAUUGGAUCCUUUGGACAAUAGAAACUUUUACACCAAACUGAAGUCAAGAGUGACCACGUGGAAGGCCAAAGCUUUGUGGAACAAGCUUGAUAAAAGAGCGAGUCACAAAGAAUAUAAACGUGGAAAAUCUUGUAUGAACACUAAGUGUUUAAUUAUCGGAGGUGGCCCAUGUGGCUUGCGGACUGCCAUAGAACUUGCCUUUCUGGGAGCCAAAGUUGUUGUUGUGGAGAAGCGGGACACCUUCUCAAGAAAUAAUGUGUUGCAUCUCUGGCCAUUUACAAUCCAUGACCUCCGGGGACUGGGAGCAAAGAAAUUCUAUGGAAAAUUCUGUGCAGGAUCUAUCGAUCACAUCAGUAUUCGACAGCUUCAACUUAUCCUCUUCAAAGUUGCACUUAUACUAGGAGUUGAAAUCCAUGUGAAUCUAGAAUUUGUGAAAGUCCUGGAACCUCCUGAAGAUCAAGAAAACCAAAAGAUAGGUUGGAGGGCUGAAUUUCUCCCCAUGGAUCACCCUUUGUCAGAGUAUGAAUUUGAUGUUAUUAUUGGUGCAGAUGGCCGCAGGAACACGUUAGAAGGUUUCAGGAGGAAGGAGUUCCGUGGAAAGCUGGCCAUAGCUAUCACUGCCAAUUUUAUAAACAGAAAUACAACUGCAGAAGCCAAGGUAGAAGAAAUUAGUGGUGUUGCUUUCAUCUUCAAUCAGAAGUUCUUCCAGGAUCUUAAAGAGGAAACGGGAAUUGACCUGGAGAAUAUUGUUUACUAUAAAGAUAGUACCCAUUAUUUUGUGAUGACAGCAAAAAAACAGAGUCUUCUGGACAAAGGAGUGAUUAUUAAUGACUAUAUUGAUACUGAGUUGCUCCUCUGUGGGGAAAAUGUGAACCAGAGCAAUUUGCUGUCCUAUGCUAGAGAAGCUGCUGACUUUGCAACCAACUACCAGCUGCCUUCCUUGGAUUUUGCAAUUAAUCACUAUGGGCAACCAGAUGUGGCAAUGUUUGAUUUUACUUCUAUGUAUGCAUCUGAAAAUGCUGCACUAGUGAGACAGAGACACAGACAUCAGCUCCUGGUGGCUCUUGUUGGUGAUAGUUUGCUUGAGCCUUUCUGGCCAAUGGGUACUGGCUGUGCCAGAGGCUUCUUAGCUGCUUUUGAUACUGCAUGGAUGGUGCGGAGCUGGGCUCAAGGAAAACCCCCAUUAGAAAUUCUUGCUGAACGAGAGAGCAUUUAUCGACUCUUGCCUCAAACUACCCCUGAAAAUAUUAACAAGAACUUUGACCAGUAUACCAUUGACCCUGGAACAAGAUACCCAAAUUUGAACUCAAGUUGUGUUCGACCUCACCAGGUGAGACAAUUAUAUGUUACCAAUGAGUUACAACAAUGUCCUCUUGAAAGAGUGAGCUCCAUUAGAAGAUCAGUGAAUCUCUCAAGACAUGAGUCAGAUAUUCGACCUAACAAGCUUUUGACCUGGUGUCAGAAGCAGACAGAAGGGUACCGUAAUGUUAAUGUCACAGACCUGACUACCUCCUGGAAAAGUGGCCUUGCGCUGUGUGCUAUUAUCCAUCGCUUCAGACCUGACCUCAUUGACUUUGAUGCUCUGAAUGAAGAGGAUGUUGUCAAAAAUAAUCAGCUGGCAUUCGAUGUUGCUGAGCAGGAGUUUGGAAUCCCCCCUGUGACCACGGGGAAGGAGGUGGGGUCGGCUGGGGAGCCAGACAAGCUCAGCAUGGUCAUGUACCUCUCCAAGUUCUAUGAACUGUUCAGGGGCACACCUCUGCGGGCAGUAGAUGCUGGUGAGAAGCAAAAUGGAGAACAUAACGAUCUUUGUUCAGCAAAAUCAUCCAACUUUAUCUUUAAUAAUUACAUCAAUUUAACUUCUCCAAGAAAACGAGUACCAAAGGUUGAAGGGAAAACAGAAGAAAAUGAGUCUAACAAAAGACGUCGAAAAGGUCUUUUUGGUGUCUUCGAGGAGACUUCAGGCUUUCCAAGCCAAGCGACAAAUGGGAAAGAACAGAGUGAUUGCAGAGAAGGAACAAACCAGAAUAAAGUUAAAUCAAUGGCAACUCAACUGUUGGCAAAGUUUGAAGAGAAUGCUCCAAAUACAAUUUUUCGGAGGCAGGAGCUAAUAGAUAAACCAGCCCUGCUCUCUUCUGACCCUCCUGUUAAUCCUCGCUUUGCUAAGCUUAAGGAUGCAAGUCUUCUUCCUCCUCAACCAAAAAGGCAGUUUCAGGUGGUAGCUAGGAGUGAACACGAGGUCAGGGAACCCAAACAGUCUUUAGAUGGUUCUGAUCAUAUGGCCAGGAGAGCAAAGACUGUACAAAAAACAGAUACCCAACCCAGUCUGUCAGAAACCUCUGAAAGUCUCGCAUCUGCCUGUUCUGCUGCAUUUGUACUUUCUGGAGUGCUUGAGCGUCUUCAGCACCUGGAGGAAAAAAUGAAACAGAAAAGAGCUCAGACCAUAGCAAAUAGGGAAUUCCAUAAAAAGAAUAUUAAAGAGAAAGCAGCACAUCUUGCCUCAAUGUUUGGAUACAUGGAGCUUCCAAAGAAUAAACUGUCUACUAAAGGGUUAUCCUGUUCUCAGCCCCCAACUCCUUCUUGCUCUCUACCUCAUGACUCAGCUGCUGCCUCUUCUCCAUCAUCUGUUGAUUCAGCUUCCCCUGUUGUUCCUUCUAGACAGAUGACUGUAGGAAAGGUAUCAUGUGCAAUUGGAGCUGUGGCUGAAGUUCUUGUCAAUCUGUAUGUGAAUGAUCACAGACCCAAGCCACAGCUUAACCCCCUUGAACUGAAGCAGUCUCUGGACAGAGCUACAGGUUCUUGCCCCAUUCCUCACUCUCCAUCUUCUGCCUCUACUGCUCAGAGCUGUCAGGCAUCUCUGCGAAAAGAAUUCCCGCAGUCUGUCGGGGGGAGUGACAUUUGUUACUUCUGCAAAAAACGGGUAUAUGUUAUGGAGCGGCUGAGUGCAGAAGGCCACUUCUUUCAUAGGGAGUGCUUCAAGUGUGAAAUAUGUUCUACAACACUCCGCUUAGGAAUUUAUGCCUUUGAUGUUGAAGAAGGUAAAUUUUACUGUAAACCUCAUUUUACACACUGUAAAAUCAGUACUAAGCAGAGAAAGAGAAGAGCAACCUUACAGAUCCAAGGAAAGGAGACAGCAGAAGCAUGGAAGAAAGAGGAACCCAAACCCACAGAGACCACCACAGAAAGCACUUUGUCUACUGCUAGCAGUCCAGAGGACAGGUCCCCAGGUAUCCUGACUUCCUUCUUUAGGGGCACACUAAGCUGGCCCCUUCGGGUGACAAGGGAUCUGCUUGACAUUCCCAGACGCCUGUCUAACUGGAUGCAUGGUUUUCUGCACGCUACCAAUCUUCAUUUCAGGGACAAUGCAUAUAACUAUACCUACUUGUAUGAACUCUUGAGCCUUGGUGUGCCAUUCCUCUGUGCUCUUCUAGAGGUACUUACUCAUAUGUACCGGGAAGCAGAGCUAUCACUUGAAAAUGUGCUUGAAUGGGUGAAAAAAAUUCUGUAGGGUUUAAAUUCUUCUGUGUCUUGCUCAAUUUUGCCUUUCAGAUUUUCAAAAUUAACAGUCUCACUAUUUUCUUGAGGGGUUUUUUGUUUGUUUCUUUGGGGGUUUGUUGUUUUUUUUGUUUGCUUUUAUACUUUUCAUACAACUUAAUGUGUGACUUGAAUGGUGGAUUCCUUCUGAUAUAAAUGAGGUGUGCAAUCAAAAAUUUCAAUAUGAAAUGUACUGUAUUCUAGAGCAUGAAGGGCAAUGUCCAGACACAUUUCCAAAACAUGGCAAUGGAUGAAGGA